AUGCAGCCAAGAUCAAAGAACAACUCGGUUCACAGUUUCGUCGGCAGUACCACGAACGUCGAACGGACAACCUCUGCUGCUGACGACGGCGGUAUCCAGAUGUGGGACACUACCCGUGGAGUUUUCAGACAAGUCGCUUUGCUAGAGGCCAAACGAACUUUGGAAUUUGCCGACGGAGAACCAAGGGUGUCAGACGAAGUUCUGGCCCAUAUGGUCGGCCAAGCAUUGGCCUUACAUCGAUCCAACAAUCCUUUAUAUGUCGCCGCCAGUCCAGAGAGGACAAUAACAAUCCUGGCGAAUGCAUAUUUUAUCAAAUUUUACACGUUCGAGUUUCCUCAAGGAUAUGAUGCAAAUUACGAAGGCCAAAGCAUGACAACUCCUGGAUGUCAUCUGCACGUUUAUUCGUCAACGUGGCUAAAUAUCCAACGGGCAGAUCAUAGAAGAAGAUUUGUCGCACAUUUGUCGGCAAUUAUCGCUUGGGCCAAUAGCCUUUAA